CAGUCGCGGACGGAGCGGAGUUUCAAUCACGUUUAAACCGCGUUCACCGCCUUCAUCGCCGCGGAGCUGCGACUGUCGGAGUGUGGCGAUCAUUAACCCGCUGACCGGGCCGGUUGACCCGCUGACCGGGCCGGUUAACCCGUUUACAGCCGCCGGAGAAACGCGGUAAACCGCGCACACACACCGAGAACACUGCGCGCGCUGUCGGCAGUCGCAGCGCGCGCUCUCCGCGUGUCCUGCAGGCAGAAGGAUGUCGCGCGCAGACGGUGACGGAGAGACGGUCAGAGGAGAAGAACCGAUCGAGGAGAACGGAGAAGAUCUCCCGCAGAGCUCUCAGCAGUCCUACCAGUGCUGCGAAUGUGGGAAAACCUUCAGGUUCGCCUCCUUCCUGAAAGUUCACCUGAGAACUCACACCGGAGAGAAGCCCUUCCCCUGCUCGCAGUGCGGGAAGAGGUUCUCCUCGACCACCGGCCUGAGGAACCACACGUACAUUCACAGUGGAGAGAAACCUCACACGUGCUCAGUGUGCCAGAUGACCUUCAGAUCCGUGCCGAACUUAAUCGCCCACCAGAGGACGCACAGUAAGGAGAAGCCUUUCAGCUGCCCGUACUGCGGCCGGGGGUUUUCCAGGCCGGACAACCUUAAACUCCACGUCAAGAUUCAUACCGGAGAUCGGCCUUUCCCCUGCGCCCAGUGCGGCUUGCGUUUCACCUGCACCCGCGUUUUAAAGCAGCACAUGUACGUGCACACUGGACCUCACCGGUGCCCUCACUGCGAGGAGAUCUUCAACACCUUCUCCAGGUUAAAAGCCCACAGGAAGAUUCACAGUGCGUCGUCCAGUCGCGUUAAGAAGUGGCUGGUUAAGGAGGAGCGUGAAGGCGUCCUGACGUGUGGACUGAAGAUGGGGGAUGUGAAGGUGGUGAAGGUGGAGGCAGAAGGAGAAGAUGCUGAAGAUGAGAUCAAGGAGGAUGUACAGCAGGUCCUGCUGUUAGGGGAAAAUCUUGAAGAUGAAUGUGGAGAAGAUGUGAAGCAGGUCCUGGUCCUGGAAGAAGAUGCAGACGAUGGUACUGGAGAGGACGUGAAGCAGGUCCUGGUAUGUGGAGAGGAUGCUGAAGUGAAUGAAGAGGUUCUACAGGAACUGAGAGCACAGAAAUCUCACCAGUGUCCUGAGUGUGGGAAAACCUUCAGAUACGCUUCCAUCCUGAAAGUCCACCUAAGAACUCACACCGGAGAAAAGCCUUUCGUCUGCUUGCAGUGCGGGAAAGGAUUUACCUCCAUCACGAGCCUGAAGAACCACGCGUUCAUACACAGUGGAGAGAAACCUCACACGUGUCCAGUGUGCAAGAAGGGCUUCAGAACUGCCUCAAUCCUGAAAGGGCACCAGUUGACCCACAGUACGGAGAAGCUUUUUACGUGCUCCGACUGCGGUCGAGGUUUUUCCAGGUUGGACAGCUUGAAACUUCACACAAUGAUUCACAAGGGCGAAAGGCCUUUCGUUUGCAGCCAGUGUGGUAUGGCUUUCACUUCUGCUCGUAUUUUAAAAAAGCACACUGUCAUUCAUGCAAGACCCCACCGGUGCCCUCAAUGCGAGAAGCUCUUCGCUACUUUGGCGGAAUUAGAAGCACACCAAAAAAUUCAUGCUGAUGAAAAUCCACCGACUUGUACUCACUGCGGGAAACGUUUUUGGAAAAUGAGAUACUUGAAAGCCCACAUGAGAAUUCACACCGGAGAAAAGCCGUCCUGCACUCAGUGUGGGAGAACUUUCACCACCGAUGGUGCCCUGGUUCACCACAUGAAGCUUCACGCAGGAGACAAACCCCAUCAGUGCUCCCAGUGCGGGAAGACCUUCGUAAGUGUCAAGGAGUUAAGAUUACAUCACCGGAUUCAUACCGGAGAGAAGCCUUUCAGCUGCUCCCAUUGCGACAAGAGUUUCAUCAGUGCAAGCUAUCUGAAGAGCCACAUGGACACGCAUACAGACAGCAAACCUCACCAGUGCUCCGAGUGCGGGAGGAGUUUCAAACGUCCCUCAGAGUUAAAAAUGCACGAAAGGAUUCAUACUGGAGAGAAGCCGCACGCCUGCUCUGAGUGUGGCAAGAGUUUCCGGAAAUUGUGCAACGUUAAAAUUCACAUGAGGACCCACACGGGAGAAAAGCCCUUCAUCUGCAGUGAGUGUGGGAAAAGAUCUACGACGUUAGGCCACCUAAAACUCCACAUGAGGAUGCAUUCAGGCGAGAAGCCGUACGUCUGCUCCGUGUGCGGGAAAUCUUUUACACGAUCGGCGCAUCUGAAAGCUCACCGGUACGUCCACACAGGGGAAAAACCGUACCAGUGCUCAGAGUGUGGAAUGAGCUUCGCUAAGCCAUGUAACUUAAAAACACACCAAAAAACCACACACAAAAGUCCGGAGGACAUCAAGUCCUAGAAUUAUAAAGCUAAGCCUCAACAGGACAAAUCAAAUCAGACCCAUGCUUGUCCAUCUGAGACAUAAUGGGCUGCGAGUUAUGGAAGUUAACAUCUGACAUAACAGGAGGUGAUUGACUUUUGCCAGUUGAAAGGAUCCACCAUAGUCAUUGUAGUGGAGACUACAUUGCAUCUGUUGCAAUCUGGAGCUUGUGAUGUUCAAAAUAAUAAAGAAGAAGAUGCAAAAGUCAAUAAUGACUUGUAGUCAGUCAUCUAGGCAUAACUGAACUUUGCGAAACCUCACACAACGAUGGAAUUUGGGCCACAAACUUGACAGAAUUUUGUUCACAAACUUGACAGAAUUUUGUUCACAAACUUGACAGAAUUUUGUGCACAGUCUUGACGAAAUUUGAUCCACCGUCUUGAUGGAAUUUGAUGCACCAUCUUGACGGAAUUUGGUGCACAAUCUGACUUGCUGACUUUAAUGUGCAUCAUGAAGUCUAACUGAGAAGUCAAACUACAGGUGCGGCUGGUCAUCAGGUCUUUCAGCUCACAUGCUGUUAAGGCCUGGAACAGACUGUGGUUCCUCCCAACCACAGGAGAGCAAAACGUCGAUCUUCAGAUCAUAGCUCGGUGCUAGUAAAGCUUGGUCUGCCCACAUAUGGGGUAAGACAACCCUUGACAAGAGAAACAUGUAGCAAUAUAAUAAAGCUAGCUUCUGUAGAAUGCAUGAACUUAUCAUGUGUACAGACUGGCAAAAAAUCUUCUCAGAGACACAGUGAAUAUUCGCCACCAGUUAACUGUCAUCAGCCAGGAUGCUCAUCACCAGAAAGAUUGGAGAAGAAGUUUUGAUUAGUGAAAAGUAUAAAGGAACUGCAUAGAAGAAGCAGCACCUUUUGCAACAGCUUGAAAAACACAACCCUUAGCAAGCCGAAGCCCAGCUAGAUGUGUGCUCAGGCAGAGAAGGUCCUACAUUAGUACAUUAGAAACAUUAGUCUCAUUAGAAAACUAAUCCCAUCCUAACACCCUAAUCCACAAACUCAGUUGUUAGCAGGAACCUGAAACACUACAAAUCUUGACAAAGCCUUGGGCCCAGAUCAAGUUAUUAAGAAAUGCAUUGCUGAGCUUGCAAGCCCGUAGUCUCUUGGGGCCAGACAUGAUCACAUAACGAGUUCAUGAAUUUUCCCAAACCAGUCUGCUGUGUGUUUUGACCUUACCUUUCAGGCACAACAUUCAGAGAGUAUUAAGUAACACUUACUUGAUCCAUGCACUUCUGCAGUUCUCAUAGAUCCUGUACCUAAUGCAUGAACGUUACUACACUCUGUAAAAAGAUGUUUUUUCAAGGGUUCUUUAGUAAAGACAGUGGUUCUGUAUAGAAACAUGAACAC